AUGCUUUUGCGUGUAGAUGGUAUUCUUUCGGCCUCGUCCAAAAAGCAGGACAAAUCUUCUGGUGAUUCCGGCGCUGCUGCCUUUGCAGAUGAAGUAUCACAUGCCCUUGUUAACUUUAGGAAUAACUUUAUAACUGUCAAUAAAUUUACCGGGAUCGUUGUGGGCGCUGUUUUGUUGCGCUUUUGGCAGCAAGAUCAGCGUGGUGGCGACAGGUGCCAAGAAAGGUUUUCAAUUAUGCCAGCAUUUCGCAGCAUGGCAAAACUUGUCAAUCCAAACACGGAUGGUAUCCAUCAUACCCUAGCCAUUUCGGUGGCCUUUUUGAGUUCAAGACGAGGAGAAUGCAUUUCUUUGCCUGUCCCUGCAUUUCACUGGCGUGAUAACCAUUCGUCAAUGGCAACAUUUAGUGGCAAAAUUUGCGAGAAUCGGCCAGCAUUGUAA